AUGAUGGCUGUUCGACGCGGCUCGCAGCAGCAGCGCACGAGCAGCGAGUUCCUGCCUUGUUACACGAACCUCUGCGCUCAGCAGGGGGUGUGCCCAAUCAACUCCAUGCGCGCGCACAAGGCAAACAUCACCAGCUCGUGUUUGUCGAUCAAAGUGGAUCGGUUGCAACCAGAGGACUGGUAUCCGCUGCUGGACGCACUGAAGUGCAACGCAUCCUUGAAGACCGUGUCACUGCGCUCCAUUUGGUUUCAAGUGCAUCGGACAAAGGAAGACGAGAAGGCGCGACGACAGAACCGUGGGCUACUGGCGCCACACCUCCGUCAACCACCCAGUAUCCACAACUCUGAUGCAACCUACGAUCUUGCAAAGGCGUUGAAGAGCAUGCUACUGCAAAACAACUUUAUCACCCGCCUAGAGCUCGUCGGUAUCCCCUUUCGCCGCCGUGACCUGCGCAUCCUCUCCCAGGGGAUUGCGCGCGCACCACUGAUGACUCUUCGCAUCAGCGACUGUCUUCUCGACAACCAACACUGCGCAAUCCUGUGCGAUGCGCUGCAGGUGUCGACGACGCUGGCAACGGUGGAUUUGAGCCGCAACGCGUUUACCACGCGCGGGCUGCGACAUGUGCUCGAUGUCAUCAAGUCACAGGAAGCAAACAGGGGCGCCACGGCAUGGCACACGUCGCUUCGCGGCCGCCAGCCGGAUAUGCGCGUGUUUUCCGGCAUUCUCAACCUGGACCUGAGCGACAAUCCGCUGCUUGGCGAUGAAGCCGUGGAAGAGCUGUACAACGUUCUCGUUGACGACCUCUGGCUUCUCCGGCUGUCGCUGCGCGGGUGCGGAAUCACCAGCGCGUCUGCGCAUCUCCUGCACACACUCAUGGCCAAAAACUCAAACCUCAUCCACGUUGACCUGACGGAAAAUCAGCUCUCGCAACUGACGCUGGACACAUGUGAGCGGCACCUGGCGUUCAAUCGCGGGGAAACGCGCAAUCGUCCCUGGGAGGAGCACCAGAUUGCUGCCAAACACAACUGGGCCGCACUGCACACUGAUUCUGCACACGAGACAAAACACGCAGCGCCCUUUGGCGCAACUACAGCCAGCAGGAAACAAGCCAUCCCAAAGGCCAACAAGAAGAACCGCAAGAAGAACGCCAAGCCACGAAGACCGCAGCCAUCAGUGCGAAGAGCAGCGCGAACGGGUCCUCGCUCGCGUGACCAGCGUGUGAACAUCCGCACAGAGCGGCCGGCACAGCAGCACGCGCGGGGAGCAAACGGAAGAAGUGGGAGAAGCGGUGCUGCUGGACCCAUGGCACGCCACUCCUCUCGCCACCACGUGCACCACGACCACAACCGCGACGACGACCACAGCAGAGACAGUGGCAGUGGCAGUGGCGGUGGUUAUGCCCUGCCUCAUCAUCAUCGUCGUCACCGUGGUGGCGGCGAGGAAGAAAGCGAAGGGCGGAUGCGACAACGCGUUGAGCAGGAGCUGGUGGAGGAGAUUCGCGCACAUGCACGCGGCGUUGCGGGAUCGGCCACCUCCACCGCUGAUGAUGGCGCCAGCGUGCCCGGGCGUGGUGCCAGCAGUGGGUACAGUGAUGAGUUUGACGAUGACGAUCACCAACUGGCAUCGGCCAAGGCGAUGGUGAAGGGGCACGCCUUUCUUGCUGCCGACCGCGUGCACCACAUCAGCAACGCAGGACAACGCGAUGGUGCUCCCAACGCUUUCCCGCACACCACGGAUACCGCAUCAGCAUCAGCAGCGGCGGCCGCAGCAGCGACAACAACGGCACCAGCACACCACCCGCCGCAACCUGAUGGAGCACCUGCAUUCGAGGGCGACGAACAGCUGUCGCAUGCACGGCGAUCCUCGCAACAGAUGCUGACCAAGUACGGAAUGCUGCACCGAGAUGGCAGCAGCCGGCGCGGGGCUGCAAACGGCCAAGUGCUUGACCACGGCGUUGGUGCUGACGUUGGCGGUGUGGAGGGCGACGACGGCGACGUGUCUGUGAGCGUUGAUCGCGAGUUGCAUCAUCUCGACGAGGCCGACCGCCGCAUUGACGAAACGCUGGAGCAUCUCGAGUCGGGACGGCAGCGCCUGCGCCAGCGGCUCGAUGCGUCCUCCUCCCGCCUCUCGGACUCGCUCGCCAGCGUGCGCCGUCUUCUCCGCCAGCCCGUCGCCCCCACCCGCACCGGUACACGCGCGCGGGGCGUCGCUCACGAUGGCGAUGAUAGCGGUCGCAAUGAUCGCCAUCAUGACCACCACGGCCGCCAGCAGCAGCGCACAAAGCACGGUGCCCGCGUGUCCGCACUGCCGUCGUCGUCCACGCGAAGUUCGGCGUCAGGCGCUGGCGACGACUCGUUUGAUCGCCCCGCCCUCUCCCUACGCGAUCUCAGGGCUGGACCGCCAACGCCGCAGCGCAUGCACACGCACCAUCGCCACUCGCACCGUGGUGGUGAUGCCGGCAGCAGUAGUGGUGGUGGCACGGAGAACCACACCACCCAGCGCCAAUCGCUGUCGCAGAUUGCGCGACUGAAGAAGGAACUUCUUCGCAUCUCCAGCGCAGGCGCCGCAGACUCUGGCGAAGAAGACGACAAGCUGAUGGCCAUUGAGGAGUCCAUUCGUCGUCUCCAUGGACUCCUGGACCGAAUGUCCACACAGAUGAGAUGA